UAGUAUUUUGACAACUUCAGAACAUCAAUAUCAACAUGCAUGACAUGAGUUCUAUUUUGAACUAUUUUUGAGGAUUGAGACCCGAGUUUAGCACAUGUUUUCUUUAGAGAUGGAAGGAGAAUUAUUCAAAGAAGCAAAUGACGUUGGAUUGUUUGCUGGACCAAUGACCUCUUGUGAAGCUGAACUACAAGAACUGAUGCGACAAAUAGACAUAAUGGUUCAUAACAGAAAGAUGGAAUGGGAAACUGAACUUGAAGGUGUCAAAGGUCAAUUAAGGUCAAGUGAUAAGGAAGUGAUGUCACAACGUGCGUUAUUAGAGGUCAAACACCAAGAGGUUGGACGCUUACAGCACCAAUUAGAUAGCAGUAAGGAAGAUCAGAGAUUACUCACAUCUCAGUAUGAGCAGAAACUUGCACAGCUAGGAACUCAGCUGAGUAGUUUACAACAAGACUAUGAGAGAGUUCAAAGACAUCAUAGUAAGCAGGCUGUAGGAGCAGAGAAGGAGAAGAGUCAAGUGACUGCUCAAUUUCAAGAUACCCUUGAUGAACUCAAGAAAGCACAACUGGCAAUCCAGGAAUAUGAAAGUAAAGGCAGUGGUUGGGAGAUUCAGAAACGAGCCUUCAAGCAACAAAUACAGAGUCUAGAAACACAAAGAACAACAAUGGCCGAUAAACUGGAGCUACUCAAGCAACAAGCCUUUGGUUACCAAGACCAGCUAGGUAAAAGGCGUCAACUGCUGGAACAGACUGAGAUGAAUUUCAAGUCUCGAUUAGCUCACUUAGAAGGCUGUUUGACACGCUCGCAAGAUGCUGUAGAAGAUAAGAAUAAUGUGAUACAGCGUCUUGAGAAGAGGCUAGAUGAGAUGGAGGAUAGCAGGAGGAAUGAAGAUGGAGAGAGGAGGGAAAGAGAUGGACGAUUUCACAAGAUGGACGCUCAUAUUAAGCAUUUAGAAGAUGAAACCAACCAUCUGAGAUGCGAGUUAGAAUCACGAGAUGGAUUGAUAAGAAGUGCAGAACAAACCAUGAAGCAACAUAAACAUCAACUAGCUCAGAUGGAGGAGUCUUUAGCCCUCAAGGACGAUAUGAUCAGAUGUUUGAAGGAAGACGGUGCUCAGGAAACAGUGCAUCAGAUUCAUGAACUUCAAUAUGAACUAGAUGAGAAAGCUACAGAGACUAGCAGAUUGAUAAAAGCAGAAACUCAGCUCAAGAAUGAAACGCAUAGGUUACAAACAAGGUUAGAUGAAUCUCAUCUGGAGUGUGCUAGAUUGAAUACUGAUUUAGCGAAGAAGAUAGAUGAACUAAGACAUCUUGAAGGUUCUCAGGUCAAACAGCUGAAGCAGCAGCUGAAUCAAGCCAAAGAACUCAGCAAAGAGCAAGAGCAGCAUUAUCUUUCACAUCUUGAUGGUAUGAGGUCAGAGGUUGCAGCUUUGACCUCUGACCUUCAUCAUCGUGAUAUGACUUUAGCAACAUUGAGUCACAAGAUUGCAUCUGCUGAGAGGAAUGAGAGGGAGGAAGCUCAAAAGAGUGAACGGCAUCAACAUGAACUGCAGAUUACUAAUGCCCAGUUAGAUGCACUCCGCAUUGAGAAUCAAAGCCUAAGGGAUGGCACUGGAAGUCCAGAUAGUAACACACAGGAUAUGAGACAUGCUGAGCGCCAAUUACAAGAGCUUAAAAACAUGCACAAACAACAUAUGAAGGAGUCACAGGUGCUGCAGGAGGAGAAUAGCAUACUACAGAGGAAGCUGACUUCCAUGACUCAACAACUACAUGAUUCAGAAGUAACUCAGCAGAACAGAUAUCAAGCAGUUAUGCAAGAAUCAAACAAUAAGAUGACACAAAUCACUCUGGAACAUGAGAGGAAGUUGAAGAUUUUAGCAGAACGACACAACCAUGAUGCUGAGCUACUGCAAUGUCAGUUAGAUACUACAGUACUACAAGAUGACUCUGAGAUCAGUCGAUUAAGGGAUCUAUGUUCAUCACUCAAGGGGAAACUCAAAGAGAAGACUCAUUUACUCAAUAGAUUGCAAGGAGAGAAUAAUGCUAUGGCAGGAUUUGUCAGUAACGUAGAAACUAUCGCAACAUCCCCACCUUACCCGUCACCAUCAUCAACUCAUCGUAAAUCAUCCCAUCACUCACCCCGCCACCCAUCAAGCCCCUCAUCCUCCUCAAUCCAAUCACCUCAUGAGCUGAGCCUGUCAUCUACAACACCUCGUACUCGACGACAAUCACCAGCAGCAAGGAAGUUAUUUGAGGAUGACUACAACGCUGCAGCCAUGCCUGAAAUACUGGGAUUCCCGGAGCUUGUUAUACCCUCUAAUGAUGUGGAUUCUAAGAGGCCGGAUUCCAGACAGUCUAUUACAGCCAGUUUUAUGGCGGAGGACCUACGUAGAACCAAAGACUUAGAGCAGCUUUUAGAUGAUCAUAUUGCAAACCUUGAGCAACAAACUGAUGACACAAUACACAGGAGGCGCAUUGGUGGUGAUGGUGGUGACCUAUUGGGUCAAGAGAAUAGGGUUUAAAGGCACUUGACACUUUUGGUAAUUACUCAAAAUAAUUGUUAGCAUAAAAUCUUUUAAAACACACUUCUUGUUUGUUAAGUAUUCUGGUUGGCUGAAACAUGGUCACAUGGGGUGAACUAAUAUAGUCUACUGCUUGCGCAUGCAUGUUUUGGGGGAAUAGUGCCUGCCGGGCAGUAGUCUUUGAAAAUAGUGCCUGGUUACAGCGCCCUCUCUUGACUUGAACCGUGCAACUACAAAAC